GUGCCGGGCCAUUAGCCGAGCAGCACCUCUCCAAGCAUACACGUACACUUGAUAAAGCUACUAGCUCUAGCAACAUAACAUUGGCUUGAGGCUGCCAACCAAGAGCCUGCGAUCGAGGAUGUCGCUAGUGAGGCUCCUGGACACGCUGGCCCUGGACUCGUGGAGGAACCCCUUCAGCAUCUUCGGCACGGCGGUGGCCGCCGAUGCGUGGCAGGCGAGCGACACCUCGGCGUUCGCCAACACCUACAUCGAGAGCCGGGACACGGCGGGCGCGUACGUGUUCAGCGCGGCGCUGCCGCCCGGUGUGAAGAAGGAGGAGGUGCGGGUGGAGGUGGACGAGGGCAACGUGCUCGUCAUCACCGGGGAGCGCAGCCUCCGCCGGGAGGAGCGCACCGACGGGUGGCACCACAUCGAGCGCAGCUCCGCCACGUUCCUCGGCAGGUUCCACCUGCCCGGGGACGCCGCCGUGGACGGCGUCAGGGCCGCGAUGGACGCCGGCGUGCUCACGGUCACCGUGCCCAAGGUCGGGGCCAUCGCCGCCGCUGCCGACGCCGACGCCGAGAAGGCGGCCGAGGCGCCGGCGAUGGCCAUCGAGGCCGGGCCCUGCUGAUCCGACGCCGACGGGCUCGAUCACGGCGCCGCUCUGUUGCUGAAUGAAGAGUAGCGCGCCACGUCGUACCGUCUGAAGCUUCCUCCUCUGGUUUGGUCUUGCAUACUUUUCGGUGUGUGUGAGUGUGACGGGGCUGCCUGCACGCAUGUAACAAGGAAAAAGAAAGUGCCUGCACGGCUGCACCACCAUGUAGUAAUUUCAUCCUUCUUCAGUGCUCGGUAAAUGAAGAGCAACAUAUAAGCUGCAAGGAAUUCUGUCUCUACUAA